UAAGUAGGGCAAGCCGCUUCCUGGUUCUCAGAAAGACAGGAGCAGGGAGUCGGAGUGGGCCGGCUGAGGCAGCGGACAGGGGGGGUCAGAGCAGUGCAGAGAGCCGGUCUGCAAGAAAGGUGGAGAGAUAAAAGACGACGGAGAAGAUUUAGCCCUCUGUGUGUUGUGGAGCUGAGGACAGCGGGAACAGCUAUACCCACCACCAAGAAAGAAACGACAAGCGUGGGCGAAAUAGAAGAAGAAGAAGUUAGAAAAAGUAGUGAGGGUGGGACGGAGUAUCCAGGAAGUGUGGAGCCCGGUCAGGUGGGAGGCGACGGUCUGAACAGGUGACACACCGGCGCUCAGGUAACCACUCUACCUGUCUGCACACCUUUUCAAUUAAACCCACUGCACGAAUAUACGGUUAAUGUGAUGUAAGGACACGUCUGUUUGCCAUGAUAACACUCUGCUCGCGUUAACCUACAGCCUCCCUCCUCCCGGUUUGAACGGGGUCACGGGAGGACAAUCCCACGUCACGGGUGUUCGGUAACUCCCGUCGACAUUUAUUCCCCUCCACUAUAGGCUAAUGGAGCAUUUUGAGCAGAGCUGUUUUAUUAGAUGAAACACAGUCGGGCUUGUAUUUUUAGGAGCAGGUGCUGCGGCUUCUGUUUGAUGUUGAGCGCCCAGGUGAGGAGAGAGACAGAGAGGGAGAGGAGGAGUGGGGUCGGCGGGUACGUUUCUGGAGACUGGGCUGCUAAUUAUAGUCGAGAACACCGGCUGACAUCCAAAACCUAACCUGCUCUCACGCACAUUACCUGCCUCUCCGCUUCCAUGGGCACGCAGAGGAGAGCAGAACAGAGCUGUGCACCUAUUGGAUUUAACUUCUUGCACCCAUCAUGAUGAAACCAUGAUCUACCCUUACACACACACACAAACACACACACACACCAGUGGUCUGUUAAUCAUCAUCAUCAUCAUCAUCCUCUCCAUGGCGCACCCUGUGUUUUAUUUUAAUCCUGCCACUAUCCUGUGUUACAAUAGGAUGUGCUCAGGCUGUAAUGUUAGGUUAAGGCCUCUCUCUCUCUUUGCUUGCCUCAUGGGUGGGGAGGGCUGCCAUGCCAGUGGGCUUUUUGUGUGUGUCACUUCAGUCUACGCUCCUGACUCGCCCCUCUGACGGACCGGCCUAACAAGCUCAACUGGCUUGGGUUUGGUUUCCCUGUCUUGGGCACAGCCUGUUUGGUUAAAUCUUUAGCCGUCCAUGCAGGUAGUUAAUGCCUUCUGCCCUUCAGGCUCAGGUGUCUUCACGGCUCUUUCGGCUCGUUUCACGGUCUCUGAGGAUCUGAAUUUUUGUUAUUUUUAUGGGCUGUUUGGGAGUUAAUCGCUGAAGAUAAGAAGCCCCUCUCUGUCUGAUCUAACAGUUCUUCUUCUUCCUGCGUGCCAGCAUCCUUCACGUGAGUGGACGUGUUUUUAGUGCUCUCUUGUUCCCCACACAUGGAAGAGCCAUCAGGGUUUUGAAAUAAAUUCUUAAUGCCAGCUCUAUUUGCCCUAUCCUGUCUGCAAUAUAAUUGGACAUCUGUGCCUCAUCCCCUCGUUCCUGCCGUCCUGACAUGACCUGCAUCCUGCUCGCUUCUCCACAGGUCUUAUUCUCGCAGCUGAUGCUUCUGUCCGUGUCAGGGUUGUGUGUUUAGCCUCCUUUUCUAUUUCUGAGUGUUUCUUAGAGAGCUGUUAAUCAUCACUUCUGUAAAGUAUGCUGUCAAUCGAAUUCACACGAAAGACGUGCGUGUGUGCGUGGGGGUAUAACUGUAUGUGUGGGCUUUCCCACCUUUUCUGGCUGUUCGGGAACUUAUUUCUAAAGAAGUCAAAGUAGGAAGCGGUUGGUUUCUAUCUGCUUCUUUUUGUUUUUUUCAUGCAUCCAUUUUUUUUUCAGUUGUAUCAUAAGAACCCCCCCACACACACACGCACACACACAUGCAGACACACACUUGCUCCACCUUACUUACAUCUGAUGUAUCAUAUGACUGCUUGUCUGUGUGUUUGUGAUUAUUCACAUGCUCCGUGGUUUAAUCUAAGUAAUUACAAAAAAGAAACACAUUUGGCUCAAUUAGUCAUUACUUUGUGAUUUCAUUAUAUCAGUUCACACCUAUCAUACGUUUGAUAAUAUACCUGCUGAACGUGUGACUCGACUUCCUGAACUUUUCCCUCAGUUGUAUGACCUCUGCUGACCUCUGAGCCAAAGAAGAGGGGGACGUGCAGGAGGAAGAAGAAAGCAGGCACCCUUCUUCUUCUGGGUUUAUGGACUGGAGGUAGGAAUAAUUUGAAUAUUACUAGAUAUAUAGUUUUAUAAGUGCAUCCUUAGUUUGUGUAAAGAGCUUUUGCAACAUGUCUGACGGCAAAGACACUAAUAACACCGGCAUUUGAAUUAUUUUUAUUUGUUGAUAAUGGAGUACAAUUAACAAAUAAAUAAUGAUGUUGGAUCCAGUGUAACUAAAGGAGAGUUAAAUAACUACCUGUGUAGAGUAAUUUUGAUAUUUCUACCUUGUAACUAAUAAAUGAAAGUUAUGUGGGGGGGUGAGGAGUCUUGCGCUCUUUUAAAGUUUGCUCAAAGUGUCAUGUGAUGUGAGACCUCUACAAAACCUUUGGAGAGCAGCUAAAACUCAUGAUUUUCAAACAGUUGCAGUGAGUCAGUAUUGAAGUAAUCUCACGAGACACCAAGGGACUUAAUUCUAAAAAGAAACUUGUUAUCACACAGAUAACAAGUUGAGUUGGACUGACAAAGAGGCAACUAUAUAUUAUUAUUACUUUUUAUUUGGAGCUUACAAAGCACAAAACAACUACAAUUAACUACAAGUAAAUUAAAAUACAUGGUAGAAAUAAAAAGUGGCCGGGUUUCUGACUUGCUAAUGCAGCCGCUAACAUGAGCCUAAAGACAGAUUGAAAUACUUUAUCUAUGACGUGGAUAUCCUGUCAAUGUUUUUUUUUUCUGUUUUACCUUUGUUUGUAUGAUCGCUCUUCCUCACAUCUGUGCUUGUUUGGUCAUUUUCUUCUGUAUUUGCUCUUGUUAGUCCUGUUGCUUCACCCUUCAGCAUGUCUUUUCCUGAAUAUUCAGACAGAUUUUCCAGGAUAAUCUAGUGGCAGAAAGAAGUGCAUAACACAAUUGUGAUUAGGAUUCAGUUUUAACACUACUGAUACCACUUUUCAAAAGUUUACUCAUUGUACUGUCAAGGUUCACUUCAUAAUGAUAUGUCAUAGUCAAAUACUCCUCAUUGCGACUGUAAGCGUCCGUGUUAUCUGUAUGUUUAUUGCCAUACCCUGCAGGCCCAAAAACGACCAAUUUACACUGACUGACUGCUCCCACAGAUAAGUUUAAGUCAUUGCAAAAGAUGAUUAGAGUUAAAAGAAUACAGCCCACAUGAUGUCUGAAAAUCACAAAUCAGCUACCUUACAAAAUAAUUAUUUCCCUGUUAUGACUUUCCAAAACAUCGCAUCUGUAUCUGUCUACCUUUCCAGCUAGUUUGCAAGUUUAUAAAUGUUUGUCUUUGCAUUGAAUGUGGUCAAGCAUUUAAAUAAUUUAUAAACAACCUGGACAUAAACUCCUCUGUAGUUUGGCAGUUCCGUCUGCUUUAACUCAGCAUAAUGCCAAAUAAAAAAGUAGGUAGAUGAUUUAAAUUGUUUUUGCUGUAGAUUAUUGUCACUACAACGGAAUCCAGAUUAUAAAAAGAAACUGGAAAAAGUCAAUCAUUUCAUAUGAUAUUAAAAAUCUGAAAAAUGACAUUUUAUUAAACUUUAGGUCACUAUAAACCUUUUAACCUGCGUUUAAAACCCAAUUGGAAGGAAAACUUAUUUUUCAUUCUCAUGUUAGUUUAAAUGAAUUUCUUUUGUGUGCCAUUUUUUUUUAUAUCCAGCCUGUGGCCAAUUUUUUAUUUCUGUCUAUAAUAAGCGACAUACACAUACCACUUAUCGGAGCUUAUAACAUUGUCUUAAAUGUAUUUUAAAUCACCUCCUCAUGGAUGAUGUACAUUCAUCAACCUUCAAGCAGACAUUGUUCUCCUUGAAUUAGCCAAAAUAGCAGUUUUCACCAGUAUAAUUGUUCAGUAUCGUCAGGUAUCCAAGAAUAGUUAAAAUGAUAACGCUUACCCAAUAAUAACACAUGUUCAACAUGCUUACACCUCAUCAGGCUCAAUUACCUACAAGUUUCAGGGGUUAAAAACAAGCAAUGCGUACAUACUGUGCAGUGUAUUAAUGAUUUCUUUGCUUGUCUUCAUAACUUUGGUGUGUGUUGUGUGUGUGUGUGUGUGUGCGUAAAUGUGUGUGGUGGGCAAGCUGGUGUGGCACAUCAUGUGACCUUGGCUUUGCCUGGUGACAGGCAUUAGUCUGCGAACUGAUGGGUAGGGGGAAGUUGCAGUCAGUGGUCCAUCAGGCGAGGAACUGACACACAGACACACAGUCACACACACAGUCGCAGACAGACACACAAAGCACAAUCCAACAUAUGCAUGAAGACACAUGUGGACAUGUAUUUAUUUUUAAUGUUCAUGCAUGCACUCAGUUCCAGGAAAUGCUUUAAUUAGGACAUGUGAGCCCAUGUAAAUUUCCCCUUUUUCAGACUCGGGUCUUUCAGUUUCAUACAAACCUAGUGAGUGGGAGGAAGGUGGGGGUGGAGACAGAACUGGGGAGGGAGAACGGGAGUUGAAACAACUAAUGGUUUUCUCUCUGACCCAAACAUUUGAAGGUGUUUCUCAGGUCUUUUCUGCCCUGACCAACAUGCAAAUUCUUUCGAUUCCAGGUUUUUUUUAGUUCGGCAAAAACUUUAAAAAAACUCUCACCUGACGUAAGAUUUGGGGCUUUUCUCAUCUGGAAAACUAGAAACAAAAUAAAUUCUAAUAAUUCAUGGAUAAGUCAUGUUGAUUGACUCAUUGCUGUCAGAGUAUAACUAGAAGUCUUCCUUUCCUUUUUGUUCAAACACCACAUUUUCACCAUAUAUGGCAGUUGUUUCUCAACAUAUAGAGGCAAUAAUGAUGGGGGGUGACAACACAGUGUCCGUAAUCCAGUCUGCGUCUACAACAGUCAAGUCUUGCCCCCACUCGAUCUGUGUCAAUAGAGGAAGUUCUGUAUCUGCCAUUUCCUCUUUUCAGUCAUGAGUUUCUGUAGCAUUUGACAGCCCUCCCUCGUUCUCGACCACCAGCUGCGCAGCCCACACCACCCCAGCGUUAACCAAUCAGUGGGUGGCUGUGACUCUUCUUCUUCUUGUAAAGAGUUGGAGAAGAAAGAGAGAAACUGAACAAACAGAGCUUGAGAAAAGUGAUCAUGAUUCAGCUCUUAUGGUAACAGUGCAACUGUCUCUGUACGAAUUGAGCGGGCGGUUAUCAUAAAUAGGUACAGUGAGACAACAUUUCAGGGAAAGUGAGAGUGAACACCCAAACAUGAGCAUGAGAUGGGAGCUUAGACGUCCCCUUUUCAUGUUUUAUCUUCAGAGGGGGAACUCCAGCUGCAAAUGGAGGCUCCAAAAAACAGCAUUCCUUCCCGUUUGGGAAAAAUGAAAUCACCUUUUUCUCCGUUUACGUCUCUACAGCACUGGUGAGAUUUGACGGAAGUUAGAGGCACAUCAGGUCCAGAGAGUUAAGAGAACAUAAACAAAAAUAUUUACUGCAUUCAGUUAGUUUGGAGUCUUAAGUAUUUCAAGCAAGGACAUAUUUCUUACAUAAGAAGAUACAACACUGGCAUUUCCAUACUUUGAAUCCUACUUUUUUAUAUCUCACUGUUGAACCAAAGUUAUGGAAAAACACCAAAUCCCCAAAAAUGUGUUUCCUAUUUUAAUAAGACCGGAAAAAGACCACCAUUACUCUCUCGUGUUACUAGCCAGCAUAACCUCAAGUCUGCCAUUUUUUAAAUACUUUAGCUUCCAUUUGCAUAAUUAUCUUUGAGUUAGACAGCUGGACACAUAUCAAGUCCUGUAAGAAAGUUAUUUUCACGUUCUGGUAUCAUUCUGUGAUUGCACUUACAGUAAAAACACCUCCUCCCCUCGCUCGAUCACUGAACUUUCAUAAGGCUGAUUAAUCAGGAUGGUGACACAUGCUUCACACAUGUCCUCUGACUUUAUUUUUCUGCCCAUUCCUCCACAAAAACAUCAUAUUUUGGCUCUGGGCUGAAUUCCUCUCUGAGCCGUUUUUGCUUUUUUCAUUGUGUCACUCUACCCUCGGUGUAUCUCUCUAUCUACUCAAGUGGUCGACCAUCCUGACUGAGCACAGGAAGAGGAAACUGAUCAGGAUCUGUUGAUCUGCCUGUUUUUGCAACAUCUCUGUGCUGUACUGUGUGUGUGUGUGUGAUAGUGUUUGUCUGAUGCUUUUGCAAUAUCUUUCUCAGAAACAGGAGGUCAUCAGUGGAGGAGAGCACCACUUGUUGAGACCCUCCCAGUGACGGGGUGACUGAGGUCAAUGCAAGUGACACAUCCACAGCAAUAUACAGUAGUUUAGUGUUAGGGGUCCGAGUAGAUGUAGCUGUUCAGAACAGAAGUGUGCAGAUCUUUUUACUUCCUCACCAGGUCGUCUAACCUAAUAGCCAAUCAGUUAAGACUACAACUUUAUCAUCACAUAAGAUCAUCACUCUGUCUGCAAAACGUUUUCAUUUAUGGCCGAAUCAAUCCACCAAAAUUAAAGUUACAAACAUUUGUGUGUGAUGUAUAUAAUACAAAAUGUCUGGACAAACCUUAAAUAAGUUUUAUUGUUUUUCAACACUCUGAAUUUAGUUUGGCAAGUUUUUUUGCAAUCAAAAUUUAGUUUUUUAGAAAUUUUACAAGAAAUAAAAGGAUGAAAAGAAAAACCAACUGCAACAUAUGAGAAAGUAAACGCACAGAGAACUGAAAGUAACCCCUGAAAAUGAAAACACCGACAUAAAAAAAAGAAGUGAACAAUAAAGAAAGAAAAAGAGGCCACCGUACCGCCUGAUAUAUGGGACUGCUGACCUGGUGACAGGUCCUCCAUCAGCACAUCGGAAAAAUGAUGUUAAUUCAGGUCAUACAUCCACAGCAUACAGAAGUGUACAACCACAAAUAUAUACAUCUCAUUUUAUUUAAAAAAAACCUUUAAAUGUAACAGUCAUUUUAAAAUCAUUUUUAAAGCUCUUUUGGUCGGUCAGCUGCAGAGCUUCAAAUAUGCAGAUUAGACUCAUUAACUGCAUUAAUGGCGGCAGUGACUAAUUCCAAUUAAGUCAUUCAGAGUUGGUAGUUAAGGCAUGAGGAGGUUUCUGUCUCACUAUAAUCGUAUUUUUAGCAGCUGUCAGGUCGGCUUAAUACAGUGUUUUUGUUACUCAGUGAUGCUGAGCUUUGACCGUUCUAGCACAGUCACAGACACUGUUACUGGAAACCAAUCCGAGAAGGUGGAAGCCACUUAAGUCCAGAACAGUGAACAUGGUGGAUAGUACCCCACCAUGUAAAGAAAAGUUGAAGGAGCCUUCGUAUUUGUAUUUUUGUAAUUUCAUACAACAAUGUUUACAUAAAUACGUCCUGUGAGGACAGUUAAAAUGGAUCUGUUGCUGAUCAGGGUUUGGACAGGCCGGUUUUAUACUUGAUCAAACACCUUUACUGUAAACCAGAGCACCUCCACACUCUGUCUGUUAGUAAAGUUUAUUUAAUUUACUCUUUUUUUCUGUUAUAGCUGUUGCAGUAAUAUUAAGAACAUUUAACAAAUGCUCAGCAGUUUUCAGAAAAAAAGUUGAUAUGAAAUCUGUUUUUUAACUUAUUAUUUCAUUAAUUACUUUGAACAUUUUAUUCAAAUCUAAAAACCAAACAUUCAGCAAGUUGAGUAAAGUCUUAGCUCUACCAUGUUAUUGAAUUUUUACUGCAGAUAAUCUCAAUCAGACGUUACAUUCAUAUUGUAAAUGAACGUUUGAUGAAUGUUCACCAUGUUUUUCCCUUAAAUAUUUUUAUUAAGAAAUGUUUUUAAGUUGUAUUUUUUUUGUUUUCCUUAUGAAAAUGUCAAAUGUCCUCACACGAUAACCCCUUUGGAUCAAGAUUUGGCCUCCAGUUAGCCAAGAUGAACACCUGCACAGUCCUUUUAAUUGCCGUCUAACAUUUUGAACUGCCGCUGAAUGACAGGGAGUGUAUACUGAUAAACGACUGAAUGUUUGACUGUAAGGACACUCUAUCGCUCUUUCAACUUUUGCAUCACAAUUCGUCUCGUGCAGAGCGAUCAACCCUCCAUCUAGUAUCGAAUUCAUCAACUGAGAGAGUUCAGAAAUGUCAUUUAAACCACAUGAACUGAAAUCAGGUCUCUCCAGCUCACAGGUUUUAGUCGAUGCAGGUUGCAAUAAGCGAUUCGCCCACACGUGAACACAGUUGUGGAGUGUUUGGGGUAAGAAACUGCUGACCAGAUAAAGAGGCAUGAGAGUAAGAGAGCUAAGUGUGAAACCACUCUGUCAGCAGGCCUCUCUCACAUCUGUGCAUGUUCUCCUUCUUCGAGUAAAACUCCAUUUUGGUGAUGUUAAUGAUAGAGCUGCCUGCUACCACAUCUCUCCCUCAUACAUCUGCACACACUCACACACCUGCAAGGACUCUGCUACUUCCUGUGGCUGCCUGCAUGUGUUCACCUCUUGCUCUUUUUUUUUUUAAUCUCCCAGUCGUCAUGUCACUGCUCUCCACCCUCCUCUCUUUCUGUCUCCCCCUUCUUCUCCCCUUGUAACUUAACUCUGUCGACUCUUGUUUCAUGUCUCCUCGCUAACACAGAUUGUUCGAAGCAGGGACUAGAUUUUCCUGUCUCAGCCUCCCCUCUUCUCUGCUUUAUCUUUCAGAGUAUCUCUACACCCACUCCCCGUUCACUCACUCUCAUGUGUUCUCUUCCCCCGUACCCUCUUUCUUUUGUGUGAUUUCUAAGAACAUGUGUGUUUUUAGAAAACAUGCCACCCUCAUGUUUCCUUUGGUUGUCUCUCCUGAAAUCUCGUACUGCUUUCCCUCUUUCUAACCUCACAUUGAUUUCUUUUCCUGCGCCGGCGAACUCCCCCAUUCACAAAGAAAAACAAAAUUAUACACAAUGAUUUCACAAUGAUUUCUGACCAAUAAAGAUGAGCUCUUAGUGUUUCCCUUUACUUUCAUAGGAUUAUCAAUAUGCGUCACCCAUGUCCAAAAAUUCACAUCUUUACUUUGGAAUUAAAAAAAAAAAAAUCAACGAGGAAGAGUUAAAGGUUUUUAAUUUUAAAACCUCAACAAAAAACCCAAAGUGAUUCAAUGGCACAACUUUUUUUUGUCUUAAAUGCUAUGGACAUAUUGCUUAUAACUAAAUAUUGGCUUGAAACAAAUUUUUACUUGAAUCUUUCCAGUUUAAAAAAAAAAGAAAAUUAGAUGGUGGAUAUGUUACACUGCAUACAAACUAGAGCAUUUAAAUAUCUGCGUUGUAUUCAGUAAUUUCCUGGUAUUAAAGGCUCAUUUAAGAUGAAAUAAUACUAUUUAUCAUUUUUAAAUUACAAACCCAAAAAAUGUCUCCUAAAACAACCAAAAAAAUUGGCUGAUUGAACCCCUUUUGUUUAUGUUGACCUCCAUUAUGACAAUUGUUCAAGGAUAUUUACAGUAAAUUUAGUCUUUAUAAAAGGUGAUAGUAUGUUUGAUUUGAUCGUGAUUAUCUAUGGAAACAUGAGAAAAUUAUGUUUUAGACAUAAAGACAGACAGCAGACUAUUUUAGCUUCACCACAUGCUGUUGUUUUAUUAAGAAUAUUAUAAAACGGCCAAACAUGUAUAAAUCAUCAAAUUGUAAGUUGUAUGUAGAUAAUUAUCUCUUCCUGUGUCAUGUCAGAUAGUUUUUCUUUGGAAAUUAGUUUUUGAGUGAAGUUAUCUCUCAGGAUAGUUCAUGCCAUAAUCAAACCUCUCCGUUUGUUAUUUUUGUCAGAAAAGCUCCUUAGAUAACAUAUUGUGCCUUCAAACGCUCAAAGACACUGAAGUCCCCCCAGGUUUUUAAAUUUAGUCAUGAGAAAAUAUUCUCUUAAAAGCCCCACUCAUGUUUAAAAUAAUCCUAAUUGCAAAUUAUCACAGUCUAACUAUAAAAUGUUUAAGGUCUUUGUUGCCUUUCUGUUUUCUGAAGAGUUUUUUUAACUGUAAAAAAAUAAAUAUUUUUAUAAACUUUGGACCGGACCUCUAUGUGCACCCAAAUGCCUCGUCCCAUGUGUUGAUAAGCUGAUAAUCCUGCAGCAGAUUCUUUCUGCUGUUCAGGUCUGGCAUGCAAAUGUACUGCUGUUGGAGCUCACAGUGGAGUGUUUGUGGUGUGGUAGGGCGAGGGGAUAAGGGCCUCUGCUCUGCCAGCCAAAUGAAUAAUGUAAUGUGUUCUUGGAACUAAGACCACAAUGUGCGCAUGCGUCCACACACACACACACACACACACACACACACACACACACACACACACACACACACACCAUAAUGCCCCAGAUACAGUAAGGACAGAGGGGGAGGGAUUAGCUGCUGUGUCUUUUCUUGAAUAAAAAAACAGAACAAACUUCUGCUGAGUAACAUCAUCUCAGCGGACUUCUCCUUUUUUUUUAAUUCCCUCUCGAGUCAUGACAGGGGUGCAAUCAUCACAAUUAUCAUGAUGGUGUCUCAGCUUUUGUCUUCGACAAAUUCAAAUGCUGAUUCAAAUUCUCCCUGGUUGCGCCUGUUUUUAUAUCUCCUGGUGGGAUGCAAAUGCUCAGUCUGGAGGGGACUUUUGGGAUGCAGAGCAGGUGCAGCUUUAUCUCCGAACAGGGAUGAGCUGCAUUAUUAGAAGGCCUGAGCAUGUCCACUUGAGUGUCGUUGGGUCUAUUUUUUACUUUAAGUGUAAAAACUUUUGAACUCUCACAGCCUUAGGAGAGUGCUCUGCCUGCAAGAGUGCAGCUUUGGUUUGGCAGACGUGCGUGAACUCAUCUCUUCUCAUCCCCCCAUUUCCUCCUCCCAUACUCUUCCUCAGAGGUGUCCCAGUACCACACUGCUCUCACUACCCCAAAUAAGUGAAGUGUAAAGAGGGGAAACUCUCUCUCUCUUUCUCUCUUUCUUUCUUUCUUUUGCUGUUUAAAAUUGAUCCGACACAGAGGAGUUGUAAGGGGAACACGAGUGUGUGGAGGAGAAACGGUAUGAGCCUGCUUUUACUUUGACUGUGUUUGUCGAUGUUGUUUUUCCGGCACAGUGGUAGUUUAGCAUUACAAUUUGUUAUGUUGCGGUUAUGAAUACCUUUUCAAUUGCUGGGUUUUGUUAACACUUGCAGUUGUGUUUAUACGUGCGUGUGUGGUGUGUGUGUGUGUGUGUGUGUGUGUGUGGAGGAGUGUUUCACCAGCUGCUUUUUUUUUCAGGCUGAAACUGACGUCGUACAGCACAACACUUUGGCCUUUCAAUAUUUCUUAGAAUCUUUUAAGGUCUCUUUUUUUUCCAUGUUUAAUUUUAACAAGACAAAGAUGAUGUUUAUUCUUUCUCUGCAGUUUUUUAAGGACUAAGAGUACCGUGAAAGCCGUUACAACACAUGCAACCAACCAUGCAUGCUCACUUUAACUAACACUCGCACACACACAGCUAGUCACAAACACACAUACAGGCACUUUGGAAAACAUCUGACAUCAGAAUUUAUAAAAGCAUGUCUCCCUCUCGUUCUCAGCCACAGUUUUCUGUGAAUGGCAUAAAGUCAUACUUUCCCCCUUAGUGCUGGAGUCAAUAUAAUUGAGGUGGACUGGGAAAACUUACAGCCUUUAACGGAAAAUAAGACCCAUAAAAAUAAUACUAACAGUUCUAGUUCCACUCAUCACACACACAUAGACACAGCGCGUAUACAGAGGGAUUUCAUGAUAUAGAGGUGGAAUACUUUAACCUCAAUAACUCUGAAGAAAGAAUCUUUGUGUGCAGGAUUGGUCAAUGCUGCUGCUGCCACUGUCAUUUUCCUGGCUUCUAAGCGAAUGUGUGUCAAAGUUUUUAUAUGACCCCAAGUUCUUUCUUUUUUUGCAAUGGUUGAGUUAAGUUUCCAUUUCCCCUUCACUAUGAGACAAAUACAUGUUGUAGCCACUUUUUAGUACGUUUGAUUAAAUUAUGGCUUUAAUUUUUAGUUGGCUAUACGACAUAUACCACCCAUAUAAUAUGUAGGUUUUUUGAAAGCUUUUGGAAUCACUAUGAUUAAAACUUUCUAGUUCUUUCUGUAUAAUUAAAUGUUAUUACACCUUAUUGUUCAGAGAAAGGAAGAGUGUACAUAAUGAAAGCGUCGGAUGAGGAAACGGUAGCGUUGCAGAGGAGUAAAAUUCCUCUACCGUCGUCAAAAGUGUAGGAGGUGAGACCAAAAAAAACACACAAAGAUCGCCGAAAAUAUAAUGCCUUAACGUGUUGCAUUCAGUGCAUAACAAGUCAAAAGAUGACGAAUAUUUUUAACAUGCAUAUUAGUUGAAAUAUUUUUGUAACAGAGACUUAGAGUGACACAGCAAACGCCGACACAAGUUAUUUAACCUCACCGUAUUCAACCCUAGUUAACACUAGAUUCAGCAACUUAUAUGAGACAUGCUUUUGGUAACAAACAAAAAAUACAAGCAAGGUGACAAGUGACAAAACAAAGAGGGUUUGUGUAUGUGUGUCAUGUGUCUUUAUAAGUGACUCACGGACAGAUACUUGAUAGGAAUCAAUGCAACUUCUUUGCAAUCUAAUUACUUUCCGAAUACGCAUGUCUUCUCAGGAAUGUGCCAAAAUAACAAAUAUGAACCACUCAUGGUGUUGGUUUUUUUCUUUCAUCCCCGUGCCGGAAAUUAAAUGUUUGGUUUUGUGUGCUCUUCGUAAACCCCUUUAUGUCUCACCUUUCUGCACUUGUUUUAUAAUGACUAUUCACAUCUUGAGGACAUUCAAAAUAUGAGCAAACAAUAUACAGUAUAUUGUAGCUACAUUCUUCUGAUACUGAAAUCUGUGUUACUGUGGAUGCACUAAAUGAUGAUCACAGUAUAAGGCGAUCUUUAAAAAGGAUGUGUAGGUUUGCUUGUCUUGCUAGAAUGAGACAAGGGAUGCGUUUGCACUUUGCUAAAAGAGGUUUGGUUGUUGAGUGUCCAGACAGGUUUUUUACUCAUGUUUCAUGUUCUCAGUAUUCAUCUUUGUAUGGCCUAAGGAAGCAACUUGGCAGUUUGCAUAUCUAUUUAUCUACAAGUGUUAAAAAUCACAGCGUCUACUAUAUAAGCUGACACUGUAAAAUAUCUAAUUUCAUUCCACCUGUUCUAAAGAACUAAAAGCAGAUAAUGUGUGGCAUCUUGGACUUAAAAAAAGAUUGGUCCAUGAUACUUGAAAAAGGGAAAUUUUAUGCAUGUGCUUGCCGUGUGUGUGCAUAACCCCUUGACUUCCUCACUCUUCUUUGUCAGUGUCGCCAGACUCACAGCAAACAACAAGAACCGACAUGACGACUCUUAUGAGAACGCUUUUCCUUUAAAUAUAACCGUAAAUAUCGGUCUUAUUGUUGGUGAUAUUUUAUGGCACGUACUCUGUGAUGUUUAGACACUGGGGUUUCAAAGGAAGAGCAUUUUGCACCAGUUUGACUUUGUGGUAUGAUGUAGUACGGUGUACCUCUCAUAUUGCACCUACCUUAGUGUUUGUUGCUGGGUGUAUUAUGACUCAUAAUGCCAAUAUGAUUUUGGUUUUUACGUGAUUGUUCAACUUUGACAUUAAGUUGAGUAAAAAUAUAAAGUAUUUCUGAAAUGUUUUGGUUGAAUUGAAUGGAUCUCUUCUUACCAAAGUAGUUGAUUUAAAAGUUUUGAUUUUACUCAGCUUCAGUCUAUUUGUUGGUUUUUAUUCUGUCAUGGGAGGGGUCAUCAAGGAGAUCCUGUUUAUCGGAAAGUGCUCGGAAAAUAGGCCGUUGAGUUUUGGCAAAGAGGGGGCGCGUAGGCGACAUUAGGGGGGAGGGGUAUCUCUAAAUCUACCUUCGUCACCAUGCACCCUCUUUUGAUACAACAGGAAGGAGAGCAAGUAACAGAAUGUGCGAAAGAGGUAGACAUCCCCAAGGAUCAACGCUUUACGCUGACUUCUAACGACGAGGCGUACCUUCAAGUUGCAUCGUACGGUUGAAAGGAAAUAGAAAAAGUGGUUUUCGAGAGAGCGAUAGCAAAAGUUAGGGAGAGGAGUUGAAAGAGCAGAAAUAUGGAUGCCGUGAGACACAUGCUGCCUCGCCUCCAGCUGACUGUACCCGUGCCCAUGAAGACAGGGAAGGUAGGACGAACUGUCUAGGCUUCUGGUUCCUUCAGCACUUCCUCAUUUUAACAUUCUCAAGGCUCAGUGUAAACUGGGGUGAUGGGAAGGAUAAAAAUUGUGCCAACAAGUUACAAAAUACUUUCUUCAUUGGCUGUACUUUCACAUUUUUAUCAAUUAAUAGGGUGGAGUACAUCAAUACAUGCAUGUGUUUAAAAUGGGCUGGCAUCGCGAUUGUCACAUAACAGGUUAAUCGAACAAUAGUGGGUGGGGGGAGCCACAGAUUGGCACGCAAUGUGUGUAUGUGUGUAUUUGUAUUUUAUACUUGUGUGUGCGCUCCGAUGCCUCUGUGUGUGUACGUGUGUGCUUGUGUGUGUGUAUUUAAUAGGGUGUGUUUUGGAGCAGGUUAGUCAGGUGGAUGUACCUUCGUUGUGCAAAGCCCUCUGGGCACUGUGUGAACACUGUUAUUGGAUGGCCAGGGGGCUGCCAGUUGCUAUGGGAGGGAGAUAAAGGACAGGGAGGGGGAAUCUGUGGGGUGAGUUGUUUGUGGAAAAUCUGGUCUGCUCAGGUGUGUUAAGAGACACCGUCGAGCAGGUAUAUUGUGGACAGGGUGAGGUGUGAGCUUAGGGAGUUGCUGGGUCUUACUAAUGUCAGACCUUGUAAUAACUCUCAGAGAGAAAUUGAAUUAUUAGCCGAGCUUAACAUCGUUUUAUCUCCAGCAGGUUAAAAUGUAAAGGUUUAGAACAAGCCAGAGGGUAUCUAGAUAAUGAAAUCUACUCACUUUCUUGACUGGAUAUGUUCAAGUAUCGUAGUGUCAUACUUUAAUGGUGCAGGAUGAAUCUCGCCAUUUUUUCCUUCCUCAUUCUUUUGCUGGUACUCCCCCCUUUCACCCACUCUAGGCUGUCACUUCCUCCAUCUCCCUCAGCUGCUAUUUUUUCCUCUGUUCUCUCCUCAUCAGUCCUCUUCUUUCUUCUUCAGGUAUUUUAAUUAACCAGCUAAUGCUAUAAAGGUUUCACACAGGAAUUAACCUACUGCCUUUGGUUACAGCGCCUAUAGCUCAUUGCGUAAUCCUUCAUCCUUUCAAAGUCUUUAUUACUGACCAUUAGGUUUUGAGAACAUAUCUCUUCUUCUUCUUCUCUUGACUUUUUCACCUUCUCUUUACUGAUAUAUUUUUUCCAUUCUGCUGGCUCUUUCAUCGCUAGUGUACUUGUCCUCGAACACCCCAACCCCCAUCUCACUGGCCAAAAUCACUGCCUCCUGAUUUAGUAAUCUGUGGAGAAAGUACUGAGGAGGUGGGGAGGGAAGGAUAAGGGGGGAGAGUUGUUGCCAAGCUGGGUUUAAAUUGUCCUUCACGUGAACAAACCUCCUUGUCUCAGUCACGCUACGGUAGAUCUACUCUGAGGCACUUUUAAACGUAUACUCAGCACUCUAAAAGGAAGAGGUAUUGCCUUAUUUUUAAAAAACUGCAGUUAUAUUUUUAAUCACACUAUCAAUGGGGAAAGUAACUGGUUUAAAUUAACAGACAAGCAUUGAAGAUAAAAGAUAAGUUUACCAUCUCUUCCUUCCUGAUAUCUAAUAUCUAAUGGCUUGAAUAAAGAGUUGGCCAAGACUCGAUACAAUAGUCUCUUACACUAAAUCUUUUCUUGCACCACAUUGUUGAUGUAGUUAUUUGUCACAGAAUAAAUUAACCUUAAAACACUUGAUUAAUUUUGGCAGGUUAAUUAGUCUGGGAAAGGACUGGUGUAACGUUUGUCUCCUUCAUUGAUACCUGGCGUGGCUUUUGUCAGUAUCAAAGGCUAACUCUGAUAUCAGCAUCGAACAAUUUGUGCAAAUGGUCAGAUGGACAUCAUCCCCUUUACUUACCAUAUCUUUCCCCUCUGUAUCUCAGGUGGCAAUGUCUCCAGGAGAGGACGGUCUAAUUGGGAUCCCCUUCCCGGACUACAGCAAUGAGCUCCUGUCCCACCUGAAUAACCAAAGAAGGGCAGGGCUCCUCUGUGACCUCACCCUGACAUCUCGGGGGUCACACUACCAAACUCAUCGCUCGGUCAUGGCCGCCGUUAGUCUCUACUUCCGCAGGCUGUUUGGGGCAGAAGAGGGUGGUGGUGACGGGGGAGGAGGUUUCAGCGUAUACCCGCUUGACUUUGUGGCACCUGAUGCCCUGGAUGCACUGCUGGAGUUUGCCUACACUGCCACCCUGACCAUCCCCAGUUCUGGGAUGAGAGACGUGCUGCAAGGGGCUCAGGUUCUGGGCAUUCAGUGUGUUGCUGAUGCAUGCAGAGACAUCCUAGGGGAGACAGCGGAGGCAGAAAGAGAGCCAGCAGAGGAGCUGAGAGACCACCACAUAGCUACUGAGAGGAUGGUGCAAGAACCGAGCAGGAUAGCGAAAGGGUCCAGGAGAAAAACAGACAGGAAGAAGUUGAAAAAUAUGGGGCCACAUCGCAUUAGCUCAUCCAUUUUGAACCCAUCACCCAUUUCUCCUGGCUCACACUCGUCCCCUGCGUCCGACAGUCAGUCUACCCAACCUCCCAGCCCAGAACAAGGGGAGCACAAAUUUGUCCAGAAUGGAGAUCCCAGGAUGAUCAGAGAGCCAGGAAGAGGGGCAGCGCUUAACGGAGGCCACCUGCACUGGCUACAUGAGCGAGCCCUUUUAGCACAUCCACCCCCUGUCCCAACCCCGGAUGACAAGGAAGAAGACAUCGAGGGUUGUGGUGAUGAUGCAAUGCUGAUUAGAACCACCUCUAUAUCUACCUCUGUGGCUGAUCGAGGAGCGGCUGCAUCUGCAGCAGGAGGCGGGAGAAAGAGAAAGUCUCAGACCCCCCAGCAAUGCCCCGUUUGUCAGAAGAUCAUCCACGGAGCAGGAAAGCUGCCCCGACACAUGAGGACCCACACUGGAGAAAAGCCUUUCCAGUGUUCUGCCUGCGGAGUCCGUUUUACACGGUACAGGAACUUCAUAAUCCUUUAAUUCUUAUGAGUAUGAUGCUAAAUCUGAACAAAUGUUUUUUCCAGGGUACUUUAGAUAAAGGGUAGUUCUAGUAAGUAGGCAAUACAGUAUCAUCAACAUAGGUGCAAUGUUUAAAAACUAUCUAAAGUGUCCCUCUAACUGGCAGAAACCUUGAGCAGAACCAGACUUAUUGAUGGACAGCCAUCUGUUUCAGCUGGGCCAAGGAAUUGGGACAGAAUGAGUUUGAUUCUGAGACAGACAGCAGGUUAAACUUUCCUACAUAGAGCUGAGCACAGAGAACUGAUGUUUUCUCUUCUUUUCUUUCUUGCCUCUUCAUUCCUUACUUGUCUGUACUUCAGGAAUGAUAAAUUGAAGAUCCACAUGAGGAAACACACAGGCGAGCGCCCUUAUCCCUGUCCACACUGCUCUGCCCGGUUCCUUCACUCAUACGACCUCAAAAACCACCUGUCCCUCCACAGUGGUGCGAGGCCCUUCGAGUGCCCGCUCUGCCACAAGGCCUUUGCCCGAGAGGACCACCUUCAGCGCCAUCGCAAGGGACACAGCUGUCUGGAGCUUCGCACACGCCGGCCCAGACAUGGGCCCGAGCUUGUCGAGGAUAGAGGUGUGGAAAGAGGUGGGAGGGAGCAAUCCAACCAACUUGAGGCUCUUUCCCUACAGCCCCACUCCUCAGCGUUCCUCCCUCACACUUUAAUGGAUGGCAGGAGUGUGUCAGGUGCUGGCUCUCCUUUUAUGUUUCCAGGUGAUGUUGAGAGGCGAUCUCUUGCUCUUCAGGCGUUGGCUCAACUUGGACCUCGCAGGCUGGCUGGAUACCCACAGCUAUUCCUGCGAGGUCCUGAGCUUCGAGGGGGCAGAGAGGCUGAGGAAGAAGACCCAGGGGGAACCCACUCACCCAGUGUCCAACAUGAUGGAUGGGCUGAUGAAGUGGAAGAGGAAAUUGGAGAGGAUGAAGCUGAAGAAGAAGAGGAAGAAUAGUGAAAAGUGUGUGUGCAUGUGUGUCUGUGUGGUAUAGUAUCCACAGUAAAAAAAAUCUCACUCAGGUGGCUGGACUAUUCCUGCUUCUCCCUUAUAGAGAGCGCUUAAAAAAACAAACAAGUGAAUGAAAAUGAAAAAAAAAAAAAAUGAAAACGGGUUUUCUGAGAUAUUUUAAACAUUCGUCUUCUGACUCUUGGCUUUCAGUUCUUUUGUCUUUUGAUUUUUUUUCUCUUUUGCUCUUUUUAUGUAUUUAAUGUUUGAGCUGUGUGUUUUGAUUUUCCAGCUUGAGAUGUGUGAUGAGUGUGUGUGGUUCCAGGGAUGCUUUUCACUAUGCAAAUCUAAAUCAAGAGCAGCAACAUAAAGGGAUAUUUGAAAAUGUUUAUUUUGCUAUGUGUACAUAUAUAUAUAUGUGUAUAUAUAUAUACAUAUAUGUAUAUAUAUAUAUAUACAUAUAUGUAUAUAUAUAUAUAUUUGUUGUAUUAUUCAAUCAGUAGUAAUAUCUACUUGAUCAAGACAGGGUUUGGGUGUUAUCCGUCCUCUGGUGGCUAUCAGUGGAAAUGCAGUCUAAUUAUUCAAGGUAACUUUUUUCUGUAAGUGAUGAAAACUUUGCUUUAAUUUGGUACAUAAACCAAAGAUUUUAGUUCAUCUGUUUUCUUAAAUCCUAAGGUGGAGAGAGGAGAAUUGAAGCCAAUGUUGGGUAUGAAGAAGUUUCUUCCCAACCAUUUUGAAAGCCAUGAGAAAGAAUCUACUUUUUAAAUGCCUGACCAAAAGAGACAAAGUCUAAGUCAAUGAGUUAAUGCAACUUAUGUUUAAGGUAAUUCCGUUUUUCCUAUUGAGGCUAUAGAUUGUAGUCUUCCAUUGCACUCUUUUUGGUUCAUUGUUUAAAAAAAACAAUUUAAAAGGUGCAAGGUGAGUGAAGAAAAAAAUCCCUUUUUUUCCUGUACUUAUUUAUUUAUUGUUAUUUAUUACAUCUCUUCUGCUGAAACUCCUCUUGAGACCAAAUUCAUGGUGGGACACAGUCCAUUUCUGAUUUAAGUUUAAAAGAAGCUGCGUAGCGCUUAAACUAUUUUGGGCACAACAUUUGCAACACCUUAAUGCCUUUUUAAGGGAAUACUUGUCUCUUAUUUUGGCGAUUCCUCUUUAAAUGCAUUCUUUGCACAUAUAACCCCGUCAGGUACUGCAAUACUUCAGGCACAUUCCAUCCUCCGGGGUACAGAUAAGGGAACUGAACUUGUCAGGGUUUAAAAACUUCCAUAUAACUGGAACACAAAAUGAUUGUUGUUUGACGUUCUCAGCAUAGUUUUCUGUUGUUUAUUCAACACGUACUGUAUUGUAUCACGUUAUUACAUGGCAGUUCACAUAGAUCAGUCACCGCGUAUUUAAAGGGGCCAUUAACUUUUGAGUUGAUAUCUUUGACCAAAAACCUUUUAUAGUUUAAUCAUAAAUCCUCUGGACCAGCACAUUAAUACCUUUAACAGGAUCUAAGUGACAGCAGCUGUCUUUUUACUUCCAAUCCUUGAAACCCAUGUAGUCAGAACCUUAUGUAGCAACUGUGCUAAUCUGGCUUUUUGUGCACUAUCCACUCCUUGUUGUUGUGUAUUUUUAUUUCCUGUUUAUUUGCACUAUGAGAUUUGAGAAUUCUGGGCCUUUUUGUUUGACCUUCAAAUCUAAUCCAUUAACUCGCUUUGAGAAUUAAGAUUGUGAUGAAAUAGAAAUAUUUCUUAACAACCCAAAUGAAUUAAAUAUUCUUCCUCCUGCAUAGUGCAGUAUAGUACAGAGUUAUCAAUGUAAUGUGUAUCGGGAUGACGUUGCCUUAGUUUGUUUUUUUUGUCUUUUUGUUUUUUUGUUUUGUGCUUCUACUAUUCUCAGGAAACCUUGAGUAAUGCACUAAGUGAUUAAACAAAAUAUAAAGUGGGAAGAAAUGGUCUGGUGCUGUGCAACGAUCGACACCCUUCAUGGAAGUGUAAGACUAGUUUCAAAUAAUUCAUUUUUUAUUGUUUUGACAAACAAACGAAUCAAAUGCAGGACACAAAUGGGGAAAUAAUUGCGAAGAAGCUUGUGGCCUUACUGAACCAGUCCUACUGGAAAGACAGUAUGACAGUUGGUAUUGAUCCUGAAGGGUGUUCAGAGCUUUGUGAAGGAAUAAGGAUUAUCUGAUGCCAGCUGUGAAGUGUGUCUCUAUGUGAGCUCUUUGUUUUCUAGGCUUUGGUGAAGGGGCAUGGGGUCCGGUCUGACGAGGGGCCCCGCUAUCAGGGAUACAUUUUGUCUUUCAGUUUUUAGUGAAACCUUCUAAGAGACAUGGAUUAAUUUUCCCAUCAUUUGUUUCAGUUAAUGUAAAGAAAAAUUAAAGAUCUCUAAGCUUG